AGGAUCAAUCACUUUCGGCAUCCUUUCUCAUUAAAUCAAUAUCAACGGAAUCGAACUUGAAUAUUACACCAAACACUACAUAUACAAACAUUUUUACCUAUACAGAGAGUACACAAAAUACUACAUUCCCCCAAUCGCAACCUUAUGCAAGUGACAUUCAAUUUUAUGAUGAUGGAACAACUCUCAUCCACCUUGUUAGAGAUGAUCCAAUGAACUCAUCUUGUUUUGAACACAUUUUACGUAUAAGAAUUAUCCAUUUAAAUGGAUCUGUCACUAAAAUUAAUACUGAUUUAAAUCUUGAUCCUGUAAAUUAUUGUUUAUAUAAUAACACACUUACUGGCAAAAUG